UGUGCACAACACUACAGUUUGCGGUUGGCAUUCUGGGUACAUCCACAUAUCUGCCAUUACGGCUGCUUAUAUGUUAGCCUCCACGAAGCUACCAAUUGGAAUCUUAAUUGGACAUCCCACACUGUAACACGCAAAAUGAAGAGCGUUUGCGACGACUACCUCGGCCAGGGAAGUUCCUUCCAAAUCUUCUUGACAUUGGUCCGUUAUCCACUCGGGAUCGCGCUCUUUCUCUUACCCUGGUCAAUGAAGUUCGGAGGAAUCAUAGCUGGCCCGAUACUCAUUGCUGUGUUUGUCAUCAUCAAUGCAUACAGGGGGCAUGUGCUGACGAAGAUUGCGGAAGAUUUAACGUCGAAAGGUAUCGCAGCCCCUUCCGGCAUCAGCGACUGGUGGGUUCUAGAGAACUCAAUGGGAGGAAUAAGGCGAACCUCAGUCAAUUGCUACCUCGUCAUAUUCUCUACGAUUCAAUGGUUUUCCCUGCUCGGCCACGCAAGCACGUUCCUGGCUUUCGCGGGUCUCAGUUUUCGCCAGGUGUUCCAGACAUCGGCAGGUGUUGACGGCGAUCGAGUUGCUAUAGGAAUUUGUAUCGUAGCGGUGGUUAUCGCUCACGCGUUCACUCAGUGGUUGCGAAACAAUAUUCAUGGUUCGUGUGAGGAUUGCAUCUGCCCUUGCAUUUGCUCAGCUUUCCUUCUCAUUCUAAUGCCCGCCCUGUUCGCUGUUUUUCUUGGUUUGCCAACGAUUGUAUUUUUCACUUCUCGACUGGCCUCAAGCAACGACGCUCUUCAACUGACUACCGAUACAAAAUGGGAUAAGAUAUGCUUACUAUUUGCGGGAGUUAUUUUCACAACAGGGGCUACUCCUGAUGACGUAACAGCGUCUUAUGAGAAUCUCAGGGAUCGCAAGAAGUUUCCGAUCAUAUUGAUAGUGGCUGCGUUUGUAACGAUUGUGGUCGGUAUCGGAAUGUCUGUCGCAGUCUUCCUGGGUCUCGGGCUCGAAACUUGCGGAAGCAUCACUUUCAAUUUGCCUCUCAACGGAGGAACUUACCCCAUUGUGCGGAUAGCAUCUGGGACACUGGCAUUAGUGUUCGUAUCAUUCCGACACCAGAUCGACCCUGCAUUAUCUGAACGCUUAUCUGGGGCUGAGAUUUUAUGUGAUGUCGCAUUUAAGAUGAUUUUUCUUGGAGUUGCAGGAGGACUGGCACUCGGGAUUCCAAGCUACGCAGGCCUUGCGUGUUUGUUCGGAUCUUUGACUUCAUUCACGCUGACUUUCGUUUUUCCAUUCUUGAGUGAUCUCUUGCUACACGUAACUGGGGGAAGGGUGGCAGCAGACGAUAAUGAGGAUUUGUUGCAUGACGAGGAAGGAACAAGUCUAACUGGAGAACCGUCCAGCAGGCACCAACACCAAGAACCACUGUCCGUGCUUCGAAUAAUCAGAGAUGUUCUGUUCAUUGCAAUCGGUAUCGCUGGACUAAUCGCAGGGAUGGCCUAUACAUCUGAAUUCCUACGGACUGAGUUACAGCAAAGCGCACUGGCAGACUGCGACCACGUGCCGUACAACGGAACCUCUAUCUUCAGCACUGUUUGAUUUUCGGUCUACUUGGACGUGAUUUAGUAAUAAGCGCAGUCGUCAGUCGGAUAUCGAUCGACCAGGGAGUGACAUUUUACCGAAAUAACAAUUUUUAAAAAUAUUUCGAGUUAAGCUCACAAAAAGUGGUGCUAUCGUAGUUAUGAUGAAGCAACAUACAUGCAAUUAUCAUGCGAUACCCAUCCUCUCCACUACAAUUUUGAUAUUUUCAAUGAUUUUCCAUAAUCUUGUUUUACAUCAGGCGCGGGAAAUUAAUUUUUUGAGUGGGUCAGAUAAUAUACCUGGUUACUGGCCCGGAGACUCAAAACUCAAUAUGUAAAACUAUGAAUAGAAAAGUUUAUUUACAACAGAUAGGCUAACGUUUAUAUAAUAAUAAGCAUAAUCGGGUCAUUGUGACAUUAUUAUCAUCGUUAUUUUCAACAGAAGUUCAUAUUUAUAAAAACUAUAGUCGUAAUUUCAGCGGACACAAGCGGGCCAGAUGAAACACAUCUGUCGGUCAGUCGGCCGGCUCGCGGGCCGUAAUUUUGCCACCCCCGUUAUGGUACACUUUUUUAUUCUUUCGCAUCUCAAAAGCAUCAGAGAUUUAAUAUACUGCGAUUUGCAACUAAAGAAUUUCAAGGAAAUACUCACCGUCAUUCUUACGUUUAUCGAUUGCAAGAGUCUUUCUCCCAUCCGUGAACGUGUAUCACCAUGUAGGCUACCAGUGUUGGGACGGCUCAACGUGACUCUGCUCAUCUAAAUAAAAUAACCCAGUGCUUGGCCCACUUACCGCGCGGUUCCUGGGUUGGAGACGGACUUCCGGUACCCUGCAAUGUACUAUUCUUAAUUGUAUAUAUUUAUAGUUAUUUAUUUAAUUUCGUAGUAUUUAAUUUUCAAGGUAUUUUGUUUUGUUCGUAAUGUCUGCAUGAAAAUAUUUUUCGUACCAUUUCAUGUCUGAGUGAAAUAAUUUAUCUCUGUGCAAUUUUUCAGCUUGUUAAUAUAUAUUUAUGAACAGCCAGCAGUUGGCAGCAUAUACGCUUCAAUGCUCUCAUAUUCAUUCCAAAUUUUGGCAGAAUUUUCUCUACUGAAAUUUAAAAUAAUGGAUCAAGAGUAAAGAUCAGUAGAAGUAUUUUGCCUGAACUUAGCAUUCGUGGUGUGAUCCAGUUUUCAAAUUACAUGUUGCGAUACAGUUUGAUAUCAAGCAACCUUCUCACUUUAUUUACCUUUACACAAUUUAUUACAAAAAGUGACAGCGAACACAUCAACGGUAAUCUUUGCCUUAACAUAGGUAAGACAUUUGUAAUAAUUCUGGAAGAGAAAAAUCAAUAAGAUGGUUCAAGCAAUCUCAAUCCUCAGUUGGCAAAGUAGGUUGGGCAUUGCAAAUAACAAAUCAGUUAAAUGUCCCAACAUGGACGGUUUGAUAAAUUCUUGUUGUUAGAAAUCUCCCGGACCAAUCAAUUUCAAAUCUAAAUUCCUAAAGAAAGAGUUUGAUAAUACUUAGUUUUUUUUUCAAUUUCAGAGACUCAUGAGACCCUAAAUUUUAUUAAAAGUUUGCUGCUUUAUUUCAAUUAAAUGUUUGCUUGUUCGUCGAUCUUAUCAGCAAACUCGGUGCUCUCACGCCUUAUCGUACCGGGGCAUGAUCUUUAUGUCCAUAAAUUUAAACAUUGCUCUGUUGUUAAUAAUAUUUAAUUUUUAACUCAUUUAUUGUUAACCUGCAUAUAUUGUAGUAUAUUAUUGUGAUAUGUAAUAAACGGUGCUUCUUGUCAUCAUUUCACAUGUUUGUGA